CUGUUCUGUGUCCAUUUUUUCAAUUUUUUUUUUUAAAUAAACAGAAGAAUGAUUUUAACCAUUAACAAAAAUGGCGACUAUUCAUAUACACAGCGGGAAAAACAAUUUAGAUUGUAAAAAUCAAACAAGUAAAAUUCAAAGUGUACCUUUUAAAGUCCAUGCCGAUUGUGACGCUAAAGUUAACAAGUUUUUUAAUAAUUAUAUCAAAACUGAUGAAAAUGAACAAUUAACGUCUUCGUUUAGGGGAUAUCCACUAAAAGGAAAACACGUAAAUUUACCGGAGGGAUACCUUGGACUGGUUUUACAUGAAAGUAUCCGACCAGAGACUGACAAAAGUGAUAGAAAAUUCUAUGUUACCAAUACAUUUUCACAGCUAACACAUUGGAAUUGGGAUAAACAACCAAGCAAGAAUGAUACCAUAAUUCAAGCUCUAGAUUGGAUUGAUAUAGCAGAAGCACUCCACAGUCCCAUACUAGAAGAAUGACACUGAAUUUUCCAAAAAUUCAUGUUUUUCCAUCAUAGAUCAAAAGAAAAUGUGCCUUGAACUACAGGAUACUUACACAACAAAUUACCAAUCAAAAAAUAAGGAGGUGUGUUAUAUACAAAUUUUUAAUUGGUUGUUAAAUCCUCAGUGCAACAUUUUACAGCUCUGGAUUUUAUUGAGAAGUUUUAUAUUUAGAUGUAAAAAUAUUAACUUUUAUAGUGAAAUCAUAUUUUACCCAUAAUAAUAUAUUCUUGAGACCUAAAAUGGGCUCUAAGUGAGUUUUUGUUUGAGAAUUUGUUGUGUAAACAUGCAGUACAUAUUUAUUUCAUGUAAAAUUUGUUUGUUU